GCCUCUGUUUGGUUUGUUUCUCUUGGAUACGUUAGCCUGUUUCCACCAUCAAAAUAUUUUCACACAUUGUUUACUGAUUGUUCAGCACAAUACAGUUUUGAUAGCCAAUAAAAAUGCCACGUCCAAGAUCUGCUCGAUCAGAUACCAGCGAUGCCGACCUGGAAGGAAUGGCAGAGCAGGAACUGGUCAAACUCCAGAGACAGUAUCGUAUUAUGGAGGGAGAUCGUGCAGCUUACACUGAAGAAUCACAAAAUCUUAUAAGAAAACAAAAAGCCUCAAUUGGUCAGUUAGAAUCAGAAAAACAGGAAUUAUUGAAGGAGUUACGUCUGGCUGAAAGUAGGAGUAACCAGGAUAAAGAUGAUGUUAAUACAGAUACUCUGGUCACAUUGGCUGAGGUUAAAGAUGAGAAUGAAACUGACAUUGAUGAAGAAAAAAAAAUGCACAUUGAGUUAGAUGCUGAAAUCAGAAAAUGGGAGAAAAAGAUAAAAGAUCAACAUAAAAAUAUGGGAGGUGUUCACAUGAGCUCUCAGCACACUGUACAGAUGCAGAAAACUGUCAGGACGUUAGAAAAUAGACUUGAUCAGUCCAAACAAGCAUUUUGUAAGCAGUUGUCUGAAAAUGCAAAACAAAGAGAUGAAAUUGAAAGUCUUCGUGUGGAGAGAAACCGAUUUGACAACCUGUAUAAGAAAUUAGAGAAAGAACUCCAACAACUUCAGAAAAAGAAAGGAGAAUUAAUUGAAAGCUCAACUCAAGCAUAUGAUGCAAGAGAUGAAGCUCAAGCCAAGAUUAUUUUACUUAAAGAGAAGGCUGACAAAGACUUGCAACAACAUCAAGCUGAAAUGAAAGAAUUGUUACGUGUUAUUGAUCAUGAUCGUGCCCUACGUGAAUUCAUGGGGAUCAAAGGUCAAGAGAGACAGGAGGAUCCACAACUAGUUGCAUGGAGACAGAAAAAGGAGGCUCAGGAGGCAGAGAGAAAGAAAGAAAGUCAAGAAGAUUCUGUUGAAACAUAUGAAAUGGCAUUUGAGAGAAUUCGUGAAAUGACUGGAGAGGAUGACCUUGACCUGUUGGUUAAUCGUUUUAUUGAAGUUGAAGAUCGCAACUUUGCAUUGUUCAACUUUGUGAAUGAACAGAAUAAUGAGAUUGAGAAAUUAAAUGACGAAAUAAAAGAUAUUGAAAAUGAAAUUGAAAAAUUCAAACUAACAGGUAUUGAGUUAGAAGACAAGAGAAAGAAAAUCUUGAAAGAGCUUGAGGAACAACAAGCAAGCUCCUCUAAAGAAGCUGAUGAGUAUGAACAAAAGAAUAAAGAAAUUUCUAAAAUACUUGAUCAGUUACGAGCAGGUAUUGACUCCCUAUUUAAUAAAAUAAACUGUGAUAGAUCUGCAAUCGAUGACAUGUUAGGAGCAGCAUCAGGGGUUACCGAUAGCAAUAUGAUACAAUACUUAGGAAUCAUUGAACAAAGAACAAAUGAAUUAUUAGCAAUACAGUCUUACAUAGGAUCAAAGGAUACUGAAAACCGAUUUGAGAAGACUGGUCCAGGUUUAUUAGGUGAAGGACCAGCAGCCCCACAACAACAGUUACCCAUUCUUCCUCCAUCAGUCGGUGAUGAAUAUGACAGUGAGGGCAGUGAUGCAAGUGAAGAUGAAGCACGACCUUUUACACGAGCAGAGUUACAAUCACGAGUAAUGAAGACAGUCAGAAAACGUGAAUCAGCAGCUAAAAAAGAUGCACAUAAAUAUGACUUAUCGAAUGCACGAGAAAAAACACAAAAAAGUAAAAAAGACAAAAAAUAGUGACUGACUAUGAAUUUUAUUCUGUUAUUUCGUUAUCUUGUUGACAAUUUGUGUAAAUAAUUAUUUGCUAUAAGUCGUAUAAGACUACAUUAAUCUGUGAUAUUUUUUACUCUUAGAAUUUUAAUCAUGUAUUUAUGGAUAUUUAUAACAUGUGAAUUAAAACAUGAUCUUUAAUGAAGGAAAAGUUAGGCUGAGCUCCUUACUGCUGACUUUGUGAUAAAAAAGAAAAUUAUGAAUGAUCUUUUAGGACGAAAAGAAUAGUGAAGACUCUUAAUAGUAUUUAAAAGAGAAGUGUUAUUUACAGAUGGUUUAUGAAUGUUUCCUGAUUGCAUUUACAAUAUUUUGAAUUGAAUUACAAAAACCAAUGAUCAUAUUGUAUCAUAAAUACAUAUAAAUUGAUAAGAUAUAUUUUAUACAACAGUAUGGUCCAUUAAAUAAAGUGCUUGGCAUAUUAAGAUUGGACACCAAAUAAAGUGGUUAAGUGAACAUUAUUAAA